AUCGUCGUCAUCAUCGUCAUCAACUACCACAUCAUCAACCAGCAGGGCGAGGCGAUGACGAACGCCCCGGAUCUCCGGCCGAACGCGGUGACCUGGGGAAUCUUCCCCGGCAGGGAAAUCAUCCAGCCCACCGUGGUCGACCCCGUCAGCUUCACGUACUGGAAGGACGAGGCGUUUGGGCUGUGGGUCCACCACUGGGCCGCGCUCUACCCGCCCGAGUCGCCCUCCCGCGCCUUCCUGUCGGGGGUCGCCGCCUCCCACCACCUCGUCAACCUCGUCGACAACGAGUUCCCGCUGCACAGCUGCCUCUGGAACCUGCUGGAGGACGUGCUGGCGCUCGCAGAGGCGCGGAAGGACGGGCAGCCGGUGGUCCCGGCGGCGCCGGCGGUGACGCCGAUGCGCGCUGUCGACGGCCCCGACCAGUAGCGACGCGCCGGGGACUGAGCGGUGCACCCCGUGUCUCUCCUCGCGUGAUGACAACAACAACAACAACAACGGCGACGAUGACGAUGAUAAAGAUGAUGGUUUGCGCACCGCGCGCUGAGUCGACGUAGCGGAUUGCUUGACGUAGACCCUCGGCAAAAAAACUAAAAAUUAACCCGUAAAAACAAAGUUUUUCACUCUAAAUCCUUUAUAUGCGUGGUGGCUAGACCGCUAGAGUCACCUAUGGGUCAGAUGAUUGUCUGCCAGCAUUAAGAAAUUGGUAAUUAAAUUAUUUUUUUUUUUUCCCUAAACAAUGUAAAAUUUUGGAAAAAAAAUUUCACGAAAAUUAUUUGUCACGCACAACGAGUCUGUGUGGAAAAUGUCAGCUCGAUUGGAUCACGGGAAGUGGGUUAAAAAACGACCGAAAUAUUUGCACGGUCGUAAGCAAGCAAGCAAGCACGCAAGCACGCAAGCAAGCAAGCAAGCGAACUUAGUAUAAAGGAUUUAAAAACAGGCUCGCGAUCGUGAUUUGUUGUUGAACGCGUGAGGAGGCUGUGCAGGCAUUAAUCAAGACAACUGUCGUCGUGGAGUUUGUGUGUCCAAGUAGUCUUUUAUCGUAAGUUUAGCACUAAGUUGUUGGCAAUUUGUAGGUUGAUCAAGAUACUGUGAAAUUGUUUUGUUUUUCUUACAGCACUAAUUCAACUAAAGAGCAACGCAUUUGUACUCCGCUCUCAGCGGUGUGUACGGUGAACUUCUCUCGCACCGCACGUAGCCAACCGCCGCUAAUCGGGAAGCGCCGGCCGGAACUCAAACUAAAACGCGAAAAGGCACCUCUAAAGAAGUGAGUUUGUCAGCCUCGACGAUGAUUUUUUAAAAGUGCCGUAGCUCCCAGUAGCUUCCUGAUAUCCAGCAUGGAAGGAGCGUUCCAGACGGCCCCCGAAUCGGCGCAUCCGAAAGCGCGGUGAUUGCCGCCUUCAUUCGAUGGCCAGGGCCGAAAGCAGCCGCCGCUGCUGCUGCGAGGGGCGGCGACCGGAGCUCGCGUGCAGACGGGUUCGCUCGCGCUCCUUGACGAGGCUUGCGGGGGGGGGGGGGUGGCGUUGCGGUUUCAACUGUGGCGAGCACUUGGCGUGUGAAAUGAGUGGCGACCUCGUAACGUGUUCGGUUUAACACGCGGUAGGAUUUUCGCGACCAACAUCGCGUAAAUAUGUAAGUGCGUCGGAUUACGGAGAGGAUUCGUCGCUUCCCCCCCCCCCCUCCCUCUUCGUUAUCACGGUGCGAAAGAAGUUCGGCUACGUACGUACGCGCGUGCGGGCGGCUCUUCAUCCCCGCGAACGCGAGGAAUGCCUCCCACCCGUGGUGUGCGUGCCCUUGGCGGCGGAAUGUAGACGUUAGAUUGUUGACGUGGUGCUAAAUACGCCUGGACCGCCGGCAACGCUGUCGUUUACUUACAACAACAGCAGCAACAAAAAAAUCAAAGAUGCAUUUUGAACCUUUGAUGCAGACCUAGGCAAGGGAUUGUAAUUUUUUUUUUUAUAACCGGGCCUAGUCUUUUUUAUCUGCUUGCACGUGCGGUUGAUGACUCUCGACGCUCGUGCGUGUUCCGUGUGUUCAUAUCCCAGUCGCGAGCUCCUCGGACGCCUGCAAUGCAUAUCAGUGUUAAGGGAACGGCUCGCCGAAGUGGACGACACAGAACUACUUCUGAGUUCCCUCGGCGGGGGUGGGGGUUGGGGGGGGAGGCGUUUUUUUUUUGUCUUUCUUCCCCACUGCAGAAGCCGUGCCGUGCCGUGCGACGAAUAUGAUUAACCCCGUCCGUUCCUGGCCCUGCUUGGCCCUGAACCAGAUUCGAAUGCCUUUUGACGGUAAACUAAGCUACGGACUAUUUUUAUUUCACCAGGUAAGACCCGCCGAGUUAUGUAGUUGUUUUUUUUAGGCGCUUUACCUGGCAUUUCACAAAUGAUAGUUCCUACGAGAAGCGGCUUAUCGUUGCGUGGAAAUCUAUAGCAGCAGCCAAAUGCUCUAAACGCGUGACGUUGAUUCUGAAUGUUGUCUUAUUGAGAAGCCAGCAGCUUCUAUGCUCAAUGGGCUUUACUUGGAAAUCAAUUUCCGAUUCUAUAGCACAGUGUCGGCUUUGGCUCCGGCUCGACAAAUUGCCGGUGGAAAAUCAAUCUGUACCGUGCAGGCGCUGGCCUGGUUCUCGCUCAGGUGUGCCAAAUGGAAAACCUUCCCGUGCCUUCCGGGCGCUGCCCUGGCUUGGCUCAGGUGUGCCAGUGGAAAACCCAUCCAUACUGUGUGGGCCCUGCCCUGGCUCAGCUCAGGUGUGCCAGUGGAAAACCAUCCCGUACCGUGCGAGCGCUGCCCUGGCUUGGCUCAGGUGUGCCAGUGGAAAACCCUCCCGUACCGUGUGGGCCCUGCUCUAGCUCGGCUCAGGUGUGCCAAAUGGAAAACCUUCCCGUGCCUUCCGGGCGCUGCCCUGGCUCGGCUCAGGUGUGCCAGUGGAAAACCCUCCCGUACCGUGCGGGCGAUGCCCUGGCUCGGCUCAGGUGUGCCAGUGGAAAAAGGGGAAAUUAGUCGCGCGACUUUAAUCCUCGGUUGGGCGGUGCUCAAAGCAGAAGGGCUAACAGCCGCCGUUCGCCACUCAUGAGAGAGAGGAAGGGAAAGCCAUGGAGUCGAGCCAUGGGCGGCAUCUGGUUUACAGAUUCGCCACCCGGCCAUGAUGACAACGACGGCGAUGAUGAGGAUGACGAUCGUUUUUGAAAUAUGCCGUCGCGUGUAUCGGAAAAACAUAAACUAAUAUAAUAACA